AUGGCACCCUACACCCUCCCUCCUCAGCAUUCAACUGUGGCCCAGCUCAGCUUUGGCCCGGCAACUCAACAGACCGUCACGACCGUCACCACCACCACGACCGUUUCCCUCCCUCCUUUGAUCAUGAGACCACCCAAAGACUUGUUCGAAAGAGACGUAAAGCAGUACCCCCUGGCCUUCUCUCCAACGCCAAAAUACCUCCGACGAUUCUGCACCGAUGUCAACGGCAUGCCCAUCCGGUUUCAGGAGGAAGAGGAUGCACGGGAAACGGUCAGGAAACAUCGAGAACUGCAGGCAAAUAUCCAUAUGCAGGGAGGUGCCAUCCGUACCGAGCAGGACGACAAGUCGUACCGUACACCUGUGCGUGAUCUCCAACAUAGUCACGUGGGCAAGCAGGUGCACAAUGUCCGAGCGUCCGGCGCCCACAAGCGAAGCCACACUCCGCUGUCCAUAGCAGAGGCAGCGGAGCUGGCUAGUCUGGAACGAAAGAUGAAGAAACCGCGGGCACACCUACACCGCACCGACUCGGAGCUGCAGGAGCUCCCGUCCCUCAAUCAAAGAGCUGCAUCGGGUGAGAUCCCCACGCCCCGCGAUCCCUCCCUUAUCACUCCCGAAGGUGAUGCCGCGCCUCCGAAUGCCCCUGCCAGACUACACGCCAAUAGACACGCACGCCGGACGAAGGGUCUGACGAGACCGUCUCAAUCUCGGUUGCAAGAACUGCAGCGCGAGGAUGGCGAAAGCGAGGAUGACGUGCACAUGGCGGAUAGCGAGUAUCAAGAGGAAGACUCCCAGCUUGGUCCGCCGUUCUACGGUGGUAGGACCACCAGGAAGCGGAGCCAUCCGGAUGACCACGCUUUGCCAGGUGCAAGUCAGACGAGAGGCGCAACCACCACCACUCCACCCAUGAUUGACGCCGAAUACGAAGAUACGCCGCCGCUGGAGGAGUUCCGCCGGCCCAAUCUGCCAAACCUGGUCACCAGCUCUCAGCAAGACGCGAGCCUGCCAAGCCCUAGUCUGUCGCCCAUCACAGCUGCCGCCAAUUUGGCAUCACGGCAGAACGCCUUUGAGAUUUCUUUCGGCGAGCACAUGGGUGAAGAUGAAAGCAUGGUCCCGGCGUUGGACUUGGAAGACGGCGCCACUGCACCGAAUCCUUCGUUUCCUUCGAAAGCUAAUACGUCUGGCACCCGGCCGGAGGUACCGCGAUUCUCCGAUACUCGUACCCAUCAGCCGCAAUACAGCAGCGGGCCCACCGUCAUGGACAUUCCCACCAUGGUUGACGCUUUCGAUAGCAUGCCCGAGACUAUGCAGACGUACAUCAUGUACCAGCUUCUGCGACGCUGUGCGAAGCCGACCCUGCAAGUGGUUGCGAACGUGGUCAACCCUGCUCUCAAGUGCGACCCCUUCAAUGUUCUUCCCGUCGAGCUGGGUCUCAACAUCGUUCGGUACCUUGACGUCCAGAGCAUGUGUCGCGCGGCACAGGUGUCGAAGCGUUGGAGGAGGCAUAUCAAUUCGGACGAGAAGGCCUGGAAAGAUCUGUUCGAUCGAGACGGCUUUGUCCUACCCGAAGGGGAGAUUGCCAAAGCCGUCAAGGAAGGCUGGGGCUGGCAGCAUCCGGGUGAGCUCGGGUACGAAGAAGACUUGAGCCAUUCCGAGUCGAAGUUUGCAGAAGAGAGCUCGUCUAGUACGGCGGCGACGAGUGUGAGCAGCGAUGAUGAGGAGAUGGCCACAUCCAGCACCGUUGCCGCCAAAUUGAAGCGCAACGGCUCGAAGCUGCUGAAACGCCGCGCCAUUCAAAUCUCGUCGUCGGCAACGAAACCGAGCACGUCGACCUCGGCACUUCACGUCAAUCGAUUGCUCUCUUCCGCUCGAGGACCCAAUGCUCUGGCGAACGCGGCUGCACAGGAGGUGAAGCACCCGGCGGUCGGCUUACCCAGCCUACGCAGCAUGCACCUCUUCAAGUCCUUGUACCAACGCCAUUACCUCAUUCGAAAAGCGUGGAUGACGGAAGACAGUCAACCCCAGCAUCUCGCGUUCCGGGCACAUCACCGACACGUCGUCACGUGUCUGCUAUUUGAUAAUGAAAACAUCUUGACGGGGAGUGACGAUGCGAGAAUUAACGUCUACGACACCAAGACUGGCGCUCUAAAGAACCGGCUCGAGGGGCAUGAAGGGGGCGUGUGGGCCCUGCAAUACGACGGCGACACUCUCGUCUCUGGGUCGACCGACAGAAGCGUGCGCGUUUGGGACAUCAAGACGGCACGAUGCUUGCAAGUUUUCCAAGGGCACACGUCGACUGUUCGAUGUCUGGUCAUCCUGAAGCCGGAGGUGGUCGACCGUGCACCGGACGGAACGCCCAUAUACAUGCCCAAAGAGCCCCUGAUCAUCACCGGAUCUCGAGACUCGACUUUGCGUGUGUGGAAACUGCCACAGGCCGGCGAUCGCCCAGUUUACCAGACGGGGCAGCAUACCAAUGACCGCGACAAUCCGUACUUCCUCCGCGCCCUCUCCGGACACCAUAACUCGGUACGCGCGAUUGCCGCACACGGUGAUACGCUCGUGUCCGGCUCAUAUGACUGCACUGUGCGGGUAUGGAAGAUCUCCACUGGCGACCAGAUGCACCGCCUCCAAGGCCACACGCAAAAGGUGUACUCCGUCGUCCUCGACCACGCACGCAACCGCUGCAUCUCCGGCUCCAUGGAUAACCUCGUGAAAGUUUGGGAUCUGCAGUCGGGCGCGUGUCUCUUCAAUCUCGAAGGCCACACCUCGCUCGUCGGCCUGCUCGACCUCUCACACGACCGCCUUGUCAGCGCUGCGGCGGAUAGCACUCUCCGUAUCUGGGAUCCCGAGUCGGGCGUAUGCAAGGCCACGCUGUCUGCGCACACCGGCGCGAUCACCUGCUUCCAGCAUGACGGGCAGAAGAUCAUUUCCGGCAGCGACCGAGCGCUCAAGAUGUGGAAUGUGCGCAAUGGCGAGUGCGUGAAGGAUCUUCUGACGGAUCUUAGUGGGGUCUGGCAGGUGCGAUUCGACGAGCGCCGAUGCAUUGCCGCCGUGCAACGGAAUAACUUGACGUACAUUGAGGUACUUGACUUUGGCGCUUUCCGCGAUGGCGUUCCGGCGGAGGAUCUUGGCCGCCGGAUUGUGGUCGAUUGCCGUGGCCGCGAGAUUGAAGACGUGGAUGCCGGGCAUGCUGAUGCCGCGGUCCCAGCAGCAGCCUGA